AUUGGCGUUAAGACAAAGUAAAGGCUGUGGUAUAAAACAGCGAUGUUCAGUCUGUCCGCAGCAACAAGCCUGACCACGCCACAAGAACUUAACCAUGAAGAUCCUACUGAUUGUCCUGGUUGCCGCUGAAGUCACGUCGCAAUUUGGAACCUCGGCUUAUCCACUUAAUGUUGGUGACAUUGGAGUUCCCCCCUACAGCGGAGGUGGCAUCGUAGGUCCCUGUGGUGGUGACAUUGGAGUUCCCUACAGCGGUGGCCUUUAUGGUGGUGGAAUUGGAGUUCCCUACAGUGGUAGCCUCUAUGGUGGUGGAAUUGGAGUUCCCUACAGUGGUAGCCUCUAUGGUGGUGUAAUUGGAGUUCCCUACAGCGGUGGCCUCUAUGGUGGUGGCAUUGGAGUUCCCUACACCGGUGGCUACGGAAGUUCCUAUGGCGAUGGCUACGGAAGUUCCUAUGGCGGUGGCUACGGAGGUUCCUACGUCGAUAGUGUUGGCGUUCCAUACGACUUUAGCACCGUAGGUUCCUACGGCAAAGGCUACACACCCACCAGCGUUGCUAGCCUCGGAGGUCUCUACGGAGGUAGUCAAGGAUACGAUUUUGGUCAUGGAGGUUUCGGUCCCAGUAGUCCGCAAGGCCCUGCGCAGAGCUGCGGAGGCCAAAACGUGAAGAUCGUCGAAAAGGAAGUGCCGGUGCCGGUGUACAACCUUGAACCAAAGCUCGUGGCCAUGAAUUUGCCGGCAGCUCCACUCAAACCUUCAUUACAACUAUUUCCAACACAUUUUCCACUCCCAUCGUUUCCCGUAAAUGUUCCAUGUUUCAACCCUCCAAUAAAGUCAUGCAACUAACUCCCCUGCUUGCCUAAUCACAAUUCCACGUUCCCGAAUUUUGUCCUUACUUGGCGCUGUCAACCAGCAGAGACCUAUAACUAUACAAUGAUCACGCACAGCUUAGUUAGGUACCAGGAAAACAGAAUUGUAGUAUUAUAAUCUACUGGCUGCAGGACGUAGACAUCAAAAUGGCAAAAGGUAUAAAAUAUUACUAUCUGUACUGAAAACCACAUCUCAUAAAUACAUUUAAAUUAAUGUUGCAGAUGAUUACAUAUAUUGUAAAAGUAAAAAAAUAACUGAAUAAUAUGAUUUAAAGAUGUAAAAAAUUAAGUUUCAAGAUAAUAUUUAAAAAUGUUGUAAACUUUAAAAAUAUAUUAAUAUGUUGUUAUAUCUAUAUACAAUUUCUGAAAAUAUAUUUGCAUUUAGUUAUAUUUUCGUUUAUUUUAUAUUAGAUCUCACUUUGAAUACUGAUUUUGUGUACGCUGUUUUAAGGAAAUAUAUAGCUACAUCUGUA